AUGGCUACAUUUGUGGCUGAGUUAGCGGGGAGUCGUGGCUUCUCCCGUAUUCCUCCUGAAGGGCUAGGUAUGGUUGUCUCAGUUAACCCUCGUCUGCUGCUUCCUUCUAAGUCUAUUUUGGCGUAUGCUAGAAAACAAAGCCGGUCAGCCAUCUUUGAAUGGGACGCAGAGAAGAAAGGAUGGUUUUGGCACACUGGUGACUAUCCUCCUGGUUGGGAGAAAAAAGUUAAAGUAAUCAACAUCUCCGUACCGAGCAAGAAAGCGCCUGCCAAACCCAAGUCCGAUGGCAAAACCAAGCCUGCCACACCACUACCUCCUGCAGGUGCUCCUUUGGCUAGCAGGACUCGUGGUAGCAAAAGGAAAACUACUCCUCACCCUGUAUCUGCCGCUGAACGGAGGUCCAAGCAUAAGGAAGACUCAUCAGUUACCCGCCCCAUUUUGCUUGAUGAGCCUGAAUAUGAGGAGGAGCCUGAGCCUUUAUCCAUAUAUUGCCCCAUUGCCGAGGAGAUUUCCGCCUCUAUGGGUGUACCCAUGGAAGGGUUUUUUGAUGGGGUCGAUGCAGUAUUCACAACGCCUGCUCCUUUUACUACUGCUCACAAGGCUCCUGCCAAAACUCCCACCCCUUCUGCUGAGCCAGUACCUAGAGAGGGUACUCAUGUCGAAGGAGUUGGUGAGACUACACCUUUACCUGCCGAGAGACCCACUCCUUCAGAGGGAGUCAUUCCUCCUGCCGCCGUUCAAACUAAGGUCACUUCUCUCGUUUUGCCGCUUGUGAUUUCGACUAGUGACCCUUUUGCAGCUAUCUCCCAGGCUGCAAAGGGAGGUGCCUCACUUGUUGUUACUCCUUCCUCCAUUCCCGAUUCCGCUACCCGUGGUCCUGAUACGGACUUAUCCUCAAAAGGAUCUGAUGACAUUCUCAAGGAUCCUGAUGAUGCGCUCGUCCUGAAAAAGAGAAUUUUCGAUUCCGAUGAAGAGGGGAGUGCUUCGCCCGAGCCUGACUUCAUUGGCGUGGGAAUGACUGCUCCUGCCACACCCGUAGCGCCUAUUCCUGUCGCACCUUCAGUACCCGUUUCAGCCAUACCUACUACUCCUGCUUCUGUUGUGCCUACAGUACUUAUUUCUGCUACACCCGCAGCCCCCAUUCCUGGUCCACUUCCUACUAUCCCUUCUCAGUUUGAGGCGAGUAGUAGUUCUGCUGCCGUCUCGGAUGAUGCUGUAGCCUUCCUUGGCCGCUUUGACUAG